CUAAACUGUUUCGUGGAGUCUGUGGUUAGUUAAAAAAUUUAAGUGACACGUCCACCCACCCUGUCAAACUUACACGGUUCUUCGGCCACUUAUUUCUGCAUUAUAGUUUUUCAUGUUUGAUAAUUAAUAAAAUGCCGUUGAGACUGGAUAUCAAAAGGAAGUUGACGGCGAGGUCGGACCGCGUCAAGUGCGUGGACCAGCACCCCACGGAGCCCUGGCUGCUCUGCUCGCUCUACAACGGUGACGUGAACAUAUGGAACUAUGAGACUCAGCUGCAGAUCAAGAGAUUCGAGGUAUGCAUGGACUUACCUGUGCGGUCGGCCAAAUUUGUACCCAGAAAAAAUUGGGUAGUCACAGGUUCCGAUGAUAUGCAGAUAAGGGUCUUCAACUACAACACCCUGGAGAGAAUACACUCUUUUGAAGCCCAUUCAGAUUAUGUUCGAUGUAUUGCUAUUCACCCCACACAACCUUACAUUUUGACUUGCAGUGAUGAUUUAUUGAUAAAAUUAUGGAAUUGGGACCGAAACUGGGCUUGCCAACAGGUAUUUGAAGGGCACACUCACUAUGUCAUGCAAAUUGUCAUCAACCCCAAAGACAAUAACACUUUUGCAAGUGCCAGUCUCGAUACUACUGUGAAGGUAUGGCAGCUGGGCUCUUCCACAUCAAACUUCACAUUAGAAGGGCACGAGAAAGGGGUGAACUGUGUUGACUAUUACCAUGGAGGGGACAAACCCUACCUCAUCAGUGGGGCAGACGACCGACUCGUCAAAAUUUGGGAUUACCAGAACAAAACAUGUGUGCAGACCCUGGAAGGUCACGCGCAAAAUGUCUCUGCUGUUUCAUUCCACCCGGAACUGCCGAUCUUGCUUACGGGUUCCGAGGACGGCACGGUCCGGAUAUGGCACGCCGGAACUUACAGGCUCGAAUCUUCGCUUAAUUAUGGUUUUGAAAGAGUUUGGACCAUUUCUUCAAUGCAUGCUUCGAAUAAUGUGGCUAUUGGCUAUGACGAAGGCACCAUAAUGAUCAAAGUUGGUAGGGAAGAGCCAGCUAUUUCCAUGGAUGUCAAUGGAGGCAAAAUAAUCUGGGCAAAACAUUCCGAAAUGCAACAAGUUAAUUUGAAAGCUUUACCUGAAGGUACUGAAAUGAGAGACGGUGAACGGGUUCCAGUAGUUGCCAAAGACAUGGGCUCCUGUGAAAUCUAUCCUCAAACCAUUGCACAUAACCCCAACGGUAGAUUCGUCGUGGUGUGUGGUGAUGGAGAAUACAUCAUUUACACGGCUAUGGCCCUCAGAAACAAGGCCUUCGGCACCGCCCAGGAGUUCGUGUGGGCGUUCGACAGCUCGGAGUAUGCGACGCUAGAGAACUCCAGCACAAUCAAAGUUUUUAAGAACUUUAAAGAAAGAAAAAGCUUCAAGCCUGAGUAUGGAGCUGAAGGGAUAUUUGGCGGAUACAUGCUAGGAGUGAAGUCGAUCAGCGGAAUGGCAUUCUCGUUUUAUGACUGGGAGCACCUGGAGUUGAUAAGACGCAUCGAGAUCCAGCCGCGGCACGUGUACUGGUCGGAGAGCGGGUCGCUGGUGUGCCUGGCCACGGACGAGACGUACUACGUGCUGCGGCUCAACGCGGCCGUGGUCACGCGCGCGCGCGCCUCCAACACCGGCAUCACUGACGACGGCAUCGAGGACGCUUUCGAGGUGGUUGGUGACGUGAACGAGACAGUGAAGACAGGGCUGUGGGUGGGCGAUUGUUUCAUCUACACCAACUCGCUAAACAGACUGAACUACUACGUCGGUGGCGAGAUCGUUACGAUAUCGCAUCUCGACCACACCAUGUACAUCCUUGGAUACGUCGCUAAGGAGAAUAGGCUGUACUUAAACGACAAGGAGUUGAACGUGGUGUCGUACUCGCUGCUGCUGUCGGUGCUGGAGUACCAGACGGCGGUGAUGCGCGGCGACUUCGAGACGGCCGACCGCGUGCUGCCCACCGUGCCGCACGAACACCGCACCAGGGUCGCGCACUUCCUAGAGAAACAGGGCUUCAAGCAGCAGGCGCUCGCGGUGUCGACGGAGCCGGAGCACCAGUUUGAGCUGGCGCUCGCGCUCGGCGAGCUGGGGCGCGCGCGCGCGCUGGCCGAGGAAGCGGCAGCGGCCGAGGGCGCGCCAUCCCGCACCGCGGCCGCGCGCUGGGCGCGCCUCGGCGCCGCCGCCGCCGCGCACGCCGACCAGGAACUAACUAAGACCUGCUACCAGAAAGCGCAGGAUUAUAGCGCGCUGUUGCUCUUCGCCGCGAGUACUGCCGACGAAGCACUGUUGGAAGAAGUGGCGACACUGUCGGCGGCGAGCGGCGACGACAACAUCGCGUUCGCCGCCAACUUCACGCUGAACCGCCUCGACGCCUGCCUGCAGCUGCUCAUCACCCGGCGACGCCUGCCCGAAGCUGCCUUCUUCGCCAGAUCAUACAUUCCUUCAAAGAUGGUCGAGGUAGUGAAACUGUGGCGUGAGUCCGUCGGCGCCACCAACAAACGAUCUGGACAGUCACUCGCUGAUCCCGAGAACUACGAAAACCUGUUCCCCGAAUUCGCGGAAUCGUUAGAAUUGGAGAGGUUUCAAAACGAGUUUGGCUUCGAGGACAGUUCACAGCUAGCGAAGUACCCGUCGAACUGGAAGCAGUGCAACAUCGACCGCGACCUCGCCUCGGAGAAGGCGGCGGCGGAGCAGGCCGGGCGGUGGAAGCGGCCCGAGCGCGCCGCCGCGCCGCCGCCCGACGACGACAAGCUGGCCAAGGCCGCGCAGGGACCCAGCACCGACAGUAUUGCCACCAAACCGACGGAUAGUACGUCUAAUCACAAGGACCCCCUCGACAUAAUGGACGAGAUCGAUAAGGAGAUCGACGGGAUAGCGCUAGAGGACGACGAGGCUCUGGAGUUGUCGUCAGAUGAGUCCAGCUUCCUCCGGUUCGAUUCCUCCGAUUAACAUAUAAGUGUAUUUAAAGUUUUAUUUUAUAUUAUUAUUACAAUCAUAAAGUAUGUAUUUCCUAAAGUGCUAAUACAUGUAAGAUUAAAGUACCUAUUAUACAAAUUUUCUUCUGAAA